CCCCCCCCCCCGCGCGCCCCUUCUCCGUUAUAACGGAGCGGAGCCGCCGUGCGCACAGAGACCGGAAGAGAAGGCGAGCGGCCGGGCAGAGGUGUGAGGCAGCGACGCCAUGGAGGGAGGCCGCCCCCGCUAUGGAGCUGUUCCUCAGAACACACCUUCAUUAGAUGAUGUUGUGAAAGAAGUUGAGAAACAACAACAAUCAAAAGCUUUUGAAAUAGAAAAAAGCAAAACCAAUUUGUUCCAGUUACAGAGUGAACUCCACGAGCUUGAAAAACAACUGGACUCUGUUUUAACAGAGACUAAAGAAGUAGAAAACCAAAUCUGUCAGAAAGACGUUGCCAUAGAAAACAUCAAAUAUCACUGUCAGAGCCUGGAGACACAAGUUCAGACCUUGUAUCCAGAAAAUGUAAAGCUUAAAUUUGACAUAGAAAUAGCACAAAAAGAUUUUGAGGAGCUGAUAAUAAGGAAUAAUGCAUAUUAUGAAAAGAUAUCAGCACAUAAACACCUCUUUUGGGAGGCAGAAAGCAAAUGGCCAGUUGUGAUUGACCUGCUUAAAAAAAAGGAAUUUGUCACAAAAUUAAGCGUAUCGAAAGAAGAAUUGAUGAGUGAACUCCAGAAUCCAAAAGGAAAUUUGAUCAAGAAAAUGCAGGAAGAAAUUACUCAUUUAUCUGAGGAAAUUUUAGCAGCAAAAGAGAGUGUAAAUACAAAAACCGUCGUACUUGAGGAAGAGAAAAAGGUACAUGAGAAAUUGAAAAAGGAGAUCGAGGUACAAAACAAAAGAUGUGAUGCUAUUCUAAAACGCCUGCGCUGUCAGUUGAAUAUGCUUAAGUCAAAAAGAAGACAAUGGCAGCGGAAUAUUGAACAGAUGGAAAAAACGGCUGCAGAGCUAAGACGCUAUCUUAGCAUCGAAGAUUAGUACACUGUAUCCAUGAAUUGUCCCUGUCAGUGCCGAACAUGGGUCAUCUUCUGCCUGUUAGAAAGGGUGGUUGAAUCUUUUUGAUAUUUCUGGUCUGGUCUUUCCCUUGAAAGAUCCAAACAAGUGAUGCCAAAGGCUAUUUUGGAGUCAGAAUUAACCAGAUAAUCUGCUCAGAUAGAUAUGACUGCAGAAAGUGUCAGACUGCAAGUAGUAGUUUUUUGUUAGUGUCUUUCUUUGUCCUUCUCAGCAUCUUUUGUUGUACUUGACCCAAACAGGAUAUGAAAGCUUGGUGACAAUUCAUAAUGCUUUUCAUGAUUUUUCUUUUCAUGUUGCGAAGAUGCUCUAUUAAAAGCCUCAGAAGUUAGGUCCUGAUUUGCUGAAUUUCUGACUCCUUCCUUUGCAGUAAUUCAUAACAUUGUUUCCAUUCAUUUUGAGGUUUUAAAAUCUUCCCUUCCCUUUUGUUUUUGUCUUUCUGUUUCCUGUCCUGCCCAUGAGGUGCCAGUUCAGUCUCAGUUUCAUCAGUUUCCCUCUUAGCUCCAAAACAGGCCCGUUGCUUCUGUUUUCAAUAAAGAUUUUAUUUUAAAAACA